GUUUAAUCCGCCAUCUUCAACAUCAUCCUCUUUUCAUUUUUGGCGCCGCAUUGUUAACAGGGUACAGGGUGUUAUUUCUCAACAAUUCAAGGAAAAAAAGGCUCCAAAAUGACUACGGAUCACGACCAAGCCGGCGAUUGUCCCGACGAUUUGGAAUUUGUCGAAGAAGAGGAAGCCGGAGAUGAGGUGGCCAACAAACAAAUUAUGAAUUUCCCUAGUGUGAUGGCCGCCCUCAAGGCCCAUCAACGCAACGCCGAAAUGCUCGCCGCCCUGCCACCAGCCGUUAAAAGACGCAUCAAAGCCUUGAAAAAGAUCCAGCUGGAAGCCACCAACAUCGAGGCUAAUUUCUUCAAAGAAGUCCACGACUUGGAAUGCAAAUAUCAUCGCAUAUACGUACCUUUGUACGAAAAAAGAAAUCUUAUUGUUAACGGGAGUUAUGAACCUACUGAAGAUGAAUCUCAAUGGCCUUCUGAUGAAGAGGAAGAAGAACUUCCCAAUGCCUUAAAGGAAAAAGUAAAGAUUGAAGACACCAAUGGCAAGGAGGAGGAGAAGAAGGACAAAGAUGAGAAAGGCAUUCCUGAGUUUUGGUUGACCAUUUUUAAAAACUGCAGUUUGCUGAAUGAAAUGGUACAGCCCCAUGACAUUCCCAUACUCAACCAUUUAGCUGACAUCAAGACCAUUUGUCAAGAACAACCAAUGAGUUUCACCUUAGAAUUCCACUUCACCCCCAACGAAUAUUUCACAAACACCGUCCUCACCAAGGAGUAUCUGAUGAAAUGCACCCCUGACGAAGACGACCCGUUUGGCUUUGAAGGCCCAGAGAUUUUCAAAUGCACCGGCUGCACCAUCAAUUGGAAUAAGGGUAAAAAUGUGACUGUUAAAACAGUCAAAAAGAAGCAAAAGCACAAGAGCCGCGGUGUAGUAAGAGUCGUAACGAAAACCAUGCAAAACGACUCCUUUUUCAACUUUUUCACGCCCCCCACAAUUCCAGAAGACACCAAAGAAGAAGAUGUUGAUGAAGAUUUGCGCAAUUUGCUAACCAGUGACUUUGAAAUUGGUCACUACAUAAGAGAACGUGUGGUACCAAGAGCGGUGCUCUAUUUCACUGGAGAAGGUGUUGAAGAUGAAGAUGAAGACUUUGAGGAAGAAGAGGAAGAUGAAGAUGAUGAGGAAGACUGCGAUUCUGAUACCAAUGUGGGCGAAGGUGGCAAGAAUCAGGAGCAAUGCAAACAACAAUGAGAUUGAAUUGGUAGUUAGAGCCAGGAAGUUUUUGGUUUCAAGUGAUAGCUGGCUCUAAGUUCCAUCUUUGCUAUUAUUUUUGUACUAUUUUAUGCUUUUAAAGUUUCUAUUAUUUAUAAUGUAUUUCCUUCCAAAUUUAUUUAAAUUAUUAGUAAUAUUAUUAGAGUUCAAUGUUUUUUCGAAAUUUAUUCAUUUUCUAAAUAAAGAAGGUUUUCCUUUAUGCAAAGUUUUU